AUGGGUCUUAAUAUAAACUAUAUAAAUGGAGGCGGUCACGCUAUAACCAUGUGGGGAUAUGAGCUUGGCGAUUAUGAUAUGGUAGAUGCUGAGGAAUGUUACACUAUGAAUCAAGAAAAUUUGAAGGUUAAAGAAGAAGACUUGAACAGUAAAAGAGGAGACUAUAUGAUCACUUAUUUCUAUAUAACAGAUUCGGAUGAUGGAUGUAGAGCUGUUGGUGGAUGUGGUAGAGUUACUAAACCAAGUCCAUUGGUCAGAAUUCCCGUAUUUUACAGAGAUAAUGGUGCUUAUGUGGUGACUACUACUAAUUGUGCUUCCUAUGCUAAAGUUAUUUCAUUGACCACAUUCAACGUAAACUAUGGAGAAGUACCAGUGAAAAGAACUGCGUAA